AAGUCAGACGAAUAAUACUCCUGUCACCUCCGAGCCGAAGCUGAUUUUUCUCUCCUCUCAUCACGUCGCUCAGUCCUAGCAUCAACAAUGCACUUCGCCUCUCUCUUCCUGAGCGCCCUGGCGACCACAGCCAUUGCCUCUCCAAUCGUCCACGUCAAGCGCGAUGCAACCAGCAUCAUCUCCAGCAUCUCGGCCAUAAGCGCUCAGAUCACCACCCUGAAUCACACCCUCAACACCUUCACGCCCGGCAACCUCAUCAACACCUUCACGGUCCUCAAGAUCCAGCAGCAGACCAAGCAGGUCGAAGAUGCCAUCAACGCCGCCAUCAACACCGCCGGCAAUUCCAAAAACCUCAACGCUGACGACUCCGGCAAAAUCGCCACGGCUUCGCUCGAUUUCACGCCAAAGACCUAUUCCCUGCUCGACAACUUGCAGCGCAAAAAGCCAGUUUUCGACAAGGCCGUUUUGGGUCUGGUCAGCGUGAGCUCCAUGGUGAAGGACAGUCUGCAGCGCCAGAAGCAGUUGAGUGCGUCGUUCAGCUCUACGCUCGCGUCGAAGCUGGCGGAGCCGUACAAGAGUCUUGCGCCGAUCAUUUCCGAUUCGGUUGCGGCUGCCUUUGACAAGGCGAUCAAGACGUUCUCCGCCCCGUCAGGAGGAUUGUUGGGUUGA